AUGGCUGGCAGAACCAUCGUCGACACAGAGACCAUCUACACAUCGCGGGUCUUCAAUUUCAUCGUGGGGCCAGAGAACACGACAUUCCAUGUCCAUGAGAAGCUCUUUGCCCCUCACUCCAAGGGGCUGACGCGCAUGCUCAACAGCGGCAUGCGCGAAUCGCAAGAGGGCGUCGUCAUUCUGGACGAUGUCGACAAGACCACUUUCACCAGCUUCCUGGACUACGCCACAUACGGCAACUACAUGUUUCAGAGGACGAUCCCUUCGAAGAACACCCAGUCGACGUUGAGUGACGCUGAUGUCACGCCAGAGAAACGGUGUGACUCUCUACGUGACCAUCUCAUUCAUUACGAUCAUCGACGGGACAUCAUCGAGAGGAAGCCGUACUUGAAGUACAUGGAGCUCUUUGUGAAGAGCGGGGACCAGCACGGGCUUUACGCCCCUCCUACGUACCUGUCUGAACCUGACGAGCUUGGUUUUGACGUCGAUCUGGACUUGAAACUCUCCAACAAGGAAUUUGGCGAAGUCUGUCAACACCAUGUCAAGCUCUACGCCUUCGCCGAUAAGUGGGAUAUCUCUGAACUCAGGCAGCUGUGUCUUCACAAGAUUCACAACUGCCUAACCCGCGUCAAACUAUGCGAUAGCGGAUACCACUUGCUUUUCGCCCUGAUUGACGAUGCUUACAAGAGCACCAUGCCUGGAGAUUUGCUCCGCAAGCUAUUCACGCAGAUGUGCGUCGCCGACAUCAGCCUCAUUCGAGGCCUAGACAUGAUUUUGGAGGAGCCCAAGUACUGGGAGGACAAGCCGAAGGCCUUAGCCGACGUCAACAGCAAAUUUCCACCGCGACCAUUAAUUGGCGACCAUGAUCAGAAGGGAAGGUAG